AUGAAUUUUAUCAGGGAUGUAUCAACUGAGGACCUUAUUCAACAGGACGAUCCGACACCAGGUACAAGCUCGGAUGAAGUCACACUAUCUGAUGAUCAACCGAAAACGAUUACUGUCAAGGACGGGAGCAUGACAAAGGACAAGGAAUGCUUGAUCAACGUCAAAACCGAUGGGACUGAAUACAAUCUUCUCCUCAAAUUCUCAGAACUUAAGUUCGGAGAUGGCUCCGGGACAUAUGACAAGGACUAUGUGAAGGUCGCAAAAGACGAGGAAUCGCUGGCAUCUGUGGAUAACCUUUGCUCGCCUUAUACUCCAGUGGAUCAAACCAUUGAGGGUUUCAAUCUUGUCAUCCAAUAUUACGCCAGUUCGACGGAACCGUAA